AUGUCGGUCGCAACAAUGCUUCAACCCGCGUCGAGAGCCUCGCGGGCCUCGACAACCUCCUCUACCUCCUCCUUCCAGCCUGUCUCCAGGCAAAAUACCUUAUCCUCCCAUGAUACCAGAUCCGUCAGGCAAUCGAAAAGAAUGUCCGUCACGGCGCUGUACCUGUCAAUGUCGGCCAAGGAGAAGGACUUGGAAAUUUCGGAUGAUCUAGCUAAAGCCCAAAGAGCCUUGCGCGAGCUCAAGUCCAAGAUAUCCUCGCAGUCUAAGAAGAACUUCGUAUUAGAAAAGGAUGUUCGCUAUCUCGACUCACGAAUUGCGCUUCUAAUUCAGAAUCGAAUGGCGCUAGAAGAACAAAACGAGGUUGCCAGCCAUCUUGAGGAUGCCAACGAUCUACAAGAGGGCUUCUUUCCGAAUGACGACAAGACCCAAAAAUAUGGAAACCUCCUCUUUCUCUUACAAUCAGAACCCCGUCAUAUCGCCCAUCUAUGUCGCCUGGUGACAAUGGCCGAAAUCGAUUCCCUGCUUCAGACAGUCAUGUUCACCAUCUACGGCAACCAAUAUGAAAGUCGAGAGGAACACCUGCUACUAACUAUGUUCCAAUCCGUUCUAACUUACCAAUUCGAUAAUACCCCAGAAUACUCUUCCCUUUUGCGCCAAAAUACUCCCGUUUCCCGCAUGAUGACUACUUACACCAGGCGAGGCCCGGGGCAGGCUUAUUUGAAACAGGUCUUGGCCGACCAGAUCAAUUCCCUCAUCGAGCUAAAUGAUGUCGAUUUGGAAAUCAAUCCGUUAAAAGUAUAUGAGGCUAUGGUGCAGCAAAUCGAAGCCUCCACUGGAUCUCUCCCGCCUUAUUUGCCGAAAUCGGUCACGGCAGAGGUAGCUGCGGAAAAUGAACAAGUUCAACAGAUCAUUGCGCCACGGCUGAAGACGCUGACAGACAUUGCGAAUGCAUUCCUAGAAACAAUCAUCGACGGCCUUGAGGAAACUCCCUAUGGCAUUCGAUGGAUCUGCAAACAGAUCCGAAGUCUCUCAAGACGAAAAUACCCUGAUGCUCAGGACCAGACCAUUUGUACGCUUAUUGGCGGGUUUUUCUUUUUGCGAUUCAUCAAUCCUGCCAUCGUUACCCCUCGAUCCUACAUGCUCAUUGAGGCAACUCCAUCCGACAAACCCCGCCGCACCCUUACCCUGGUCGCGAAGAUGCUGCAAAACCUUGCGAACAAGCCAUCGUAUGCCAAGGAGCCUUAUAUGUCCAAGCUCCAGCCAUUUCGUCCAUGA